AUUGGGCAAGAAACAGAAAGUGGUUUAUUUAGGGGAGCUGCAAUUGGAGCUAUAUCCGGUGCAGUUUUCUCGAUCGAUGUCUUUGAAUCAUCUCUUGUUAUUUGGCAUUCUGACGAAACUGGAGUUGGGUGUGUACUCUAUUUGGUUGACGUGAUCGGAAGCCUAUUGAGUGGAAAAUUAGUUCGGGAAAAAAUGGGACCUGAAAUGCUAAGUGCAGUGACAAGUCAGAUGAGCUCAACCGAAACAACCUUUGAAGAAGUCGAGUUUGGUUUUGAAGCUGGUGUUUAUGAAGCUACAGAACUCACUGAUCUUAUCAGAUUUGAAAAUAAGAGGGAAAUUAAAAUUGCACUUUGGAGGGCACAUGAUGAAGAGAUGCGGGAGCUGUAUGAAUAUCAAGCAGCUGGUGUGGAAAUUGGUGCUGCUGCUUCCAAUGCUGAAGUGCGCACAAGGAUAACUGCUGUUUCAAGCCACUGCACUUUCAGGGAUACAUAAUAACAUGGACAUGCAACAGAUUCAAAAUUACCUUACCAAUGGUUCUUCCUGGAAUUGCCGUGCUGAAAAGAAGCAAAAUGAACAUAAAGAGAUCUAAUUCUAGUUGAAAAUCCAAGGAGAAAUUGCAGAUUUUCAAAGUUAUCUGAUUGCCAUAAUGACUUCUCCACUAAUCACUAGUUGGUAGGCAUAUACUGUGUUAUGGGGUGAAGGCUCUUUGUUUCUCCGCCGACAGAUUUUAGUUUAAUGCAACAGAACAGAUUUCCUUGAUAUGCAUCUUGCAAACCUGAUGCUGCUAGCUUUACCGCCGUGAAGUAGAAGGUUCUAUUCAUGAGAUGUCGAAGAAAAAAAAAUGCUGGUUUUGGUGGGGAUGUGGUCCACUCUGUGAAGGUAGUGGGGGUUAUGGUGGACGACGUAUAGCUUGUGUACGUUGUAUAGCCUGGUAAGGCUGGUAGCAGUGGAUAUGGUGGUGGUGGUGAUGAUUCUGUUGGAAAUGGGAGGAACUAGGAGUUAGUGUUAGAAUGAUGGUCUGACGUUAUGUGUUCUGGUUCAUAUGGUUAUUUUGCUCUGGAAUUCUCUCUGAUUCUCUCGGUUAAAUUUUCCUCUUUUGAUCCCUGGUUCUACUUAAGUCUUU